GGUGAGCAUCCCAUCUCAUUUGACUGUUUGCGGACUGCCUUUGGAUUGUAAGCAGAUAUUUUCCCCCAGUUAUUUUUUCCUGCCAGAGUAUCUGUUUUCAUACAUUGAUCAGCAGCAAAGAUAGCAUGGAAUGGAUGAUCUGAUAUCCAGUGACAGACAUCUCUCAGGAGGCAGUUCAGGAGUUGUGACAGACAUAACAUCCACAAGACUAACAUCUUUGCCACCAAAGGGCAGUAGUGGGUCAGUGAAGAGCAUGAGCAGUGGCUAUGGAGGGGCCGGGGUGGAGAAGAAUAUUUUAACCCAGAACAGCAGCAGCUUCUACACAUCCUCAUCAGUGGGGGUGAAUGCUGGAGGACUGAGUUCAGGCGUGUACAUGGGGGACUUCUCCAGCGAGGGGUAUGGAGGAGGAGGUGGAGGAGGAGGAGGAGGAGGAGGAGGAGGAGGAGGAGGAGGACUUAGAGUAGGUGGAGCUGGUGGAGGAGGGGCCAGAGGAGGUGGUGGAGGAGGAGGAGGAGGAGGAGGAGGGAUAGGGGGGUCUAAAAUGAAGCUGAGCUCCAGUGGGGGUGGGAGGAGGUCACAAGGCUCUGCCUCCUCUACAGGCCACUCACCUAUCUUUCUGGAGAGGAAGGUUAUGACCAGCCACUCCAUGGGCUACGAUGGAAGCUCUAGUGGAAACUCAUCCCCAGAGUUGACCAGAAAAGACUACGUUUCAUCCCGAGGCCGAAGCCAGAGCAGAGAGAGUGAGAUCAGAGCCCGCCUCCAGAGCGCUUCGCCUUCCACUCGAUGGACAGAGCUGGAUGAUGUGAAGCGUCUGCUGAAGGGUGGGCGGUCCUCCAGUGUCAGCCCCACCCGCUCCUCCACCUCCUCCACCCUCCCUGUCCCUCGGAAGGCCAGCGUGGAGGUCAGAGCGCCUGCAGAGGGCUCACAGUCAGUGUCUGGGCAGUAUGACUCUGCCAUGUUAGACGCUGCCCUUUCCUCCUACGCCUGGACAAGCUCCCACGCCCCAUCAGGAGCCUCACUCAGCCCCACCUAUGGUUACCAGGGAAACAACAAUCUGUCAUCCGGGACAUCACUGGUCAAUACCACCUCACCAUCCUCCCUGUCAGUGUAUGGAUUCCAGAAUAACUUGGUGUCAACAGCACCAAGCAGUGUACUCACUUCCAAUGGGGUGAACACAUUCUCUUCCAAUGGGGUGAACACACAUGCAGGAUAUGGUGUCCAGAAGAAUGUGUCCCAGGUAAUGAACAGCAUAGGAGUGGUCAGCACAGGGGUGUCCACCUCCACAGCUGUGUCCACAUCCAGGUCCCUCAGUGAUGAUGUGCCCCGGAAAUAUGUCCUGCUGGAGAAGGAGAAUGUUCCUGUGAAGAGGGACACGGAGGUCCUCAUCCUGACCAAGGACAGCGGGAAACAGUUCAGCAGUGGGAUUGGAGUGAGGACGGGCUCGUUCUCUGACGACUCUCUGAAGAAAGAAAAAGUGAUCUCUGGCAGUUACUCACAGGCUGCUCCUGUCCAAUCCACCUCUGCAAACACCUACUAUGGAUCAUCAGCAGUGGCGACCAAAGACAAAGCUACUUACGCAGAGAUCCAGAAGGAGGAGGAGUAUAGGGGAGGCGGGGGCUGCUGUGGCUGUCUGCCCAGCUGCUGCUCCUGGUGGAAGUGGCUGCUGGGACUUCUGCUGGGCCUGCUGCUGCUGCUGGGCCUGCUGUUUGGACUCAUCGCACUGGCGGAGGAUGUGAGGAAGCUGAGGGCUCGUGUGGAUGCUCUGGAAGGUGCCUCCGGUGCCACGGCUGCCCGCAUCAGCCGCCUGACUGCCAGUAAUGAGGUGCACCACACACUACACCCUCAGCCAGGCAUCUACACGGACACCAGCGGGACCCUCAGCCGGGCCGACAACACUCUGAACCUGGGGGCAGCACUUCCCAUGGACAACACAGCUCUGCAGAGGACUAUACAACAGCUACUGAGAUCAGAGCUACAAUCUGAGUCUGUUCAAGCGACCCUAGCUUCCUCAGUUAGAACAGAGAGAGGACCGCCAGGGCCUAAAGGUGACACAGGAGCUCCUGGACAUAAAGGUGACACAGGUUUCCCUGGUUUACCAGGUUCUCCUGGCGUUAUGGGACCACCAGGACAUGAGGGGCCAAAAGGACAGAAAGGAAGUGCUGGGGAUCAUGGUCAAGAGGGACCCCAGGGGCUGCGCGGACGAGAAGGGGCAGCAGGACCUCGUGGGGAACCUGGACCUCCAGGGUUUGGCACCAAGGGUGAACGAGGGUCUCCUGGUGAUGCUGGACCUCCCGGUCUUCCAGGAUCGGUUGGUUCUCCUGGACCCAAAGGUGAAACUGGAGCACAUGGCCUUGCUGGACCUCCAGGAAGCCCUGGUUUCCGUGGUGACCCUGGUUCUGCUGGACAAAAAGGUGACAGAGGACCUGCUGGAUCACAGGGAAUUAAAGGUGACCAUGGCGACAAGGGUGAAGAGGGCAGACAAGGUUCCCCAGGAAGCCCAGGCAAACAAGGACCCACUGGAGAGAAAGGAGUCAAGGGAUCUGCAGGACCCCAAGGAAUUGAUGGUGAAAAAGGAACCAGAGGUGACCAAGGACCAAUCGGACCACCUGGAAUCAGAGGUCCCUCUGGGCCCCCAGGAGACACAGGAGCCCCAGGAACACCAGGCCUGCAAGGAUCACCAGGAAUUCCAGGAAACCCAGGACAACCAGGAGCGAAAGGUGCAACAGGAGCACCUGGACAAGUCAUCAAUGCAGCUGGCUCCAGCUCAGUGGCCGUUCCUGGGCCACCUGGCCCCUCUGGAUCUCCCGGACCUGCCGGACCCCCAGGCGUAUCAGGUCCCAUUGGACCUGCUGGGCUUCCAGGACAGCAAGGACCUAAAGGAGACAGGGGUGACAAGGGAGAUCAAGGAGAACCUGGCAUCACAAUCAAGACCACAGAAACCGUUCGUGCUACCCAGGCAGAAAGGCAGUUUGGUGCAGCUGGAUCUCAAAGCCUCCCUGGCCCUCCGGGACCUCCUGGUCCGCCAGGCCAACCUGGCCGUACAGGAGACUCCAGACCAGGACCGCCAGGCCCAGUUGGUCCACAAGGGGAGCCUGGGCCACCAGGCUAUGGAAGACCCGGCCCAAGGGGAGAGAAGGGAGAGCCAGGCAGCUUCGUGCCCAACUCAGGCACGUUUUUCGCUGGACCUCCUGGACCCCCAGGACCUGCAGGGCCCAAAGGAUCUCCAGGACCGCAAGGGCUCAGGGGAUACCAAGGAGAGGCUGGCCAGCCUGGAUUACCAGGGAGACCUGGAGAUGCAGUCAGAUCCUCAGACUAUGGAACAUUGCAAGGACCCCCAGGACCCCCCGGACCUCCAGGGACACCAGGACGGGAGGGACGCAAAGGGGAUCCAGGAUCCCCAGGUGCUCCAGGCUCUCCAGGAUACUCCAGAGGUUCUGGGGCCUCUCAGGGACUUCCUGGUCCACCCGGGCCACCCGGGCCACCCGGAACGCCGGGAUCGCCUGGACACUCUGGGGGCUCACACUCUGCGUCCGAAUUCCGUCGCUACAUCUCCGACUACUUCCAAAGUGACAGUGCGAGGCAACAGCUCAGUGGGAUGCGGGGACCCCCUGGUCCCCCCGGCUCGCCUGGCUCUCCUGGGCCUGCAGGAAGCUCUAUGUCCAUUGACGAUAUGGCAACUCGUGUCAUUGCCUACAUUCAGCGUUCAGGCGUUGUUGGAGCCCAAGGUCCUCCUGGCCCCCCUGGGAUCCCUGGAACAUCCGGCUCCAUUUCUGUGUCUGACAUCAUCACACUGCUACAGAGGGAUGAUGUGAGGCGCUAUGUCAUGGGCCCACCUGGUCCUCCUGGAACACCUGGGGUACCUGGCACUCCUGGCACACCUGGUACUGGGGGCGGAGCAUCCAGAGCAAAUUAUAACACCCAGGAAGUGGCUGAAUAUGUCAUCAGGGUUAUCAAAGAGCGCGGUUUAACUCAGGGCAGACCCGGAGCUCCCGGACCUCCAGGAACGCCUGGAUUACCUGGAACCAUUGGUGACAUCACUUCCCUGCUGGAGCGUUCUGGGUAUCGUGGGACAGCUGGUCCUCCAGGUCCACCUGGGCCUCCAGGUAUCCCAGGGCCUCAAGGUCCAGCUGGGCCCGCAGGAAGAUCCACACAAGUCAGUGGAGGUUCUGGCUACAGACUGGAGGACAUCCAGGUCUACUUACAGAACUCGGGCUUCAGUGGACGCCCUGGUCCUCCAGGCCCACCUGGACCUCAGGGACCCCCAGGUGCAUGGCAAUCAGGGGGAUAUGGAGACAGGGAGUCCAGACAGUACAUCCGCUCUGAGCUUCAGGAGUAUCUGCGGAGUGGUGAAGGGCAGCGCUAUGUAUCCAGCCGCCCAGGACCCCCAGGUCCUCAGGGUCCUGCUGGCCCUAAGGGAGACCGCGGAGAGCCUGGACAGCAGUACUACUAUGGCAAUGACCAGACUCGUGGCCCGAGCGGCGCUGUGUCAGACACCAUAGACUACUCCAGCAUGGCACUAAGGGUCACUGACUACAUCAAGAACCAGGGCUUACUCCAGAGUGCUAUAGAUGAGGAAUAUACCCGUGGAAACUCUAGAACUGCCAAUGGUCCUCCAGGGCCACCCGGACCACCAGGACCACCUGGAUAUAGCCGUGUCUUCACACAAUAUGGCAACACCACAGCAGACCUCAUGGAUUUCUUCAGAAAAUAUGGCACCAUCCCUGGCCCCAGAGGAAGCCCAGGGCUGAAGGGAGAUAGGGGUUACCCUGGACCUAAAGGAGACAGAGGUCAGCCAGGCCUACCAGGGUCUCCGGGAUCCCAAGGAGCCAGGGGAGAGAGAGGCGGGGUGACGUUGACACGACGGAGGAGGCAUACAGGAGCUUAAGAUGCUUCAACCUCGGUUCGAGGACGUCUUUAUUUUGCCACGCCGCUAAAGUCCUCUACAGAGAGCACAACACAAGCGCAUUCAAAAGCUUUGGGGACCAGCUACUUUAGGCCUUAGGUAACACGCUAUGCUGAGAUGCCAGUCAGGGUGCCAACAUCAGGUUGUGAGCAGGUAGCAUUUGGAUUUACGUUAGAAAUUAGGAGUAGCUAAAUAUACAGGAAUUUUCUCUUCUCAGAUGUAGUCAAAUUAUCAACUUGAAAUGUGGACAAAUUUGGUGUCAAAAUGAUGCUUUAAGGAAGAAGUCUUUGGUUGCUUCUUUGAGGUUAAUAACAUCCAGGAAGUGCUAGUGGCCAAACACUUCUAUUAUACUUCAGGAAAUGAUGUCAAACGAGUGUGUGAUUUCAACAUGCGGUCUGCAUUAAGAUGUCCCCAAAGCUGGGGGAGCAGGAUUACCAUGGCAACAACACAUCAUCAGCAGGGUAAAACUAAGCCUUCUGAAGUUUACACAUGCCCCUUUAGACUACAUCUGAGGUAAGAGAAAUUCUAGGGUACAUUUAUUACAAGCGUUAGUAUUCAUUACAAGCAUUUUCCCUUAAAAAUCCUUUUUUUUUUGCUUUGAAAAGAUAAGUUGUGUUUUUGUGGAUGGCACUUAUGAAUGUGUUAAGUGAGAAAAAGGGCUUAUGUAGUAAUAUUUUACCACUAUGUUCAUAUCUAUUUUUAUACCGUUUGAUAUAAAAUGUUUUUCUUUAUAAAGGGUACUGCAAUUGAAGUGAGUUUUUGCACUGCCAAAAAUUAAGACUUUUUUUUUUUUACAAAAGACAAGAAAAUGAACAACUUAAGAAUUAGCCUAAGUGUGUUGAACAGUUAAAUCUACAUAAACAUCUCAAAAUAAAUAAGCAACACACACGACCCACACAUACAGUUGCAGAGCAGGUGAUCAUCCCUCUUCAGAUGUAACCUACUUCACUCUGGUGUUCAUUGUCCACGGUUAGUAACCUUUGGAAUGCAGCUUUACAAUUAACAUCUUCUCUUUUUGUAAUGAAAGGUAGGCUAGUUUUUCAUCAUGUUAACUUAAUAAAAUGUUAAAACCAUA